AUGUCCAACAGCAGCUCCAUCACCCAGUUCCUCCUCCUGGCAUUCGCAGACACACGGGAGCUGCAGCUCUUGCACUUCUGGCUCUUCCUGGGCAUCUACCUGGCUGCCCUCCUGGGCAACGGCCUCAUCAUCACUGCCAUCGCCUGUGACCACCGCCUCCACACCCCCAUGUACUUCUUCCUCCGCCACCUCUACCUCCUUGACCUGGGCUCCAUCUCCACCAUUCUCCCCAAAUCCAUGGCCAAUUCUCUGUGGGACACCAGGGCCAUCUCCUCUUGGGGAUGUGCUGCACAGCUCUUUUUCUUUCUCUUCUUGAUUGUAGGAGAGUAUUCAGAGUUUUAUCUUCUCACCGUCAUGGCUUAUGACCGCUACGUUGCCAUCUGCAAACCCCUGCACUACGGGACCCUCCUGGGCAGCAGAGCUUGUGGCCACAUGGCAGCAGCUGCCUGGGGUGCUGGGUUUCUCAAUGCUCUCCUGCACACAGCGAAUACAUUUUCACUGCCCCUCUGCCAAGGCAAUGCCCUGGACCAGUUCUUCUGUGAAAUCCCCCAGAUCCUCAAGCUCUCCUGCUCACACUCCUACCUCAGAGAAGUUGGGCUUAUUGUGGUCAGUGCCUUUUUAGGACUUGGUUGUUUUGUUUUCAUUGCGGUCUCUUAUGUGCAGAUCUUCAGGGCCGUGCUGAGGAUCCCCUCGGAGCAGGGACAGCACAAAGCCUUUUCCACAUGCCUCCCUCACCUGGCCGUGGUCUCCCUGUUUGUCACCACUGGCACAUUUUCCUACCUGAAACCCCCCUCCAUCUCCUCACCAGUUCCAGACCUGGUGGUUUCAGUUCUGUACUCAGUGGUGCCUCCAGCAGUGAACCCCCUCAUCUACAGCAUGAGGAACCAGGAGCUCAAGGAUGCCCUCUGGAAACUGAUGACCAGAUGA